AUGGAGUGGUUUCCUUGGGCGUCAGUACACGCCCAGUGUGGCAAGCCACUGUGCAUGGAAACCCACAGGGUCGAGGCCGUGGGACCAUCUCUGGUCACCCAGUUGCCAAAGCAAGAUCGACGAGGAGUUUGGCGGGACUAUAAUCCAGACAGUGACGACUACGAUCCUCGCAGUGCUCCCCUCUUGCCUCCCCCUGAAGAUCCGCACAAGGAGAUUCGUCGACAGGCAUCAGCUCUCCGUGGACGCAUCAAGAGGGGUGGAUCCGAGAAAGUUCUCGCACAUUACAAGAUGGUCCUUGAGGAGCUAGAGAGAUCCAUGGCGCCGGUGCCAACUUGGCCUCGAAAGGCUAUAGCUGGCCACAAGCGUUCGCCAUCUACGCAGUCUACGCUGACGGAGUCAACGCAGAUGCCUGAUGAGGAGAUGGAUGAGGUGGAUGAUCUGCUCGAGGACAGUGAUGACGACUUAGAGAUUCCGGAGGAAGCUCUCGAGGUCGCUGUUGCCCUCAGCUUCGCCAAGAAGGCUCUGCCCAGUGGCUUGGCGGUGGUCUUUUCUCUCCGAUACCGGAUGGUUCAAAAGCUGGCGCUGGAAUCUUGCAGGGAAUCUCCAAGAAACAAUGUGAACGAUAGUUCAAGUAGUUCGCCUUUCGAUCAAUUCAUGAUCGGCCGGCAUGCCGGGAUGUAUGAUGCCCAGUACUUGAGAAGCGGGAUUCGUGAGCUGGAGGAAGAGCGCUUGCAGCAGCCACAAGAGCGCCGCUUGCGGGAGAACGCUUCGCGCACCUGCCGUGCACAGCACAAGGCAAUGCGGGGACCUCAUCGCCAAUUCAGUACGGGCUGCGAGGGCCAAGCUGCGCUUCCUGCAUCAUUGCCACCUUCCGUGGCCAUCGAGGGGCACCCGGAGUUCAGCGAGCUUUUCAGGGCCGUGGUUUGUACAGGAUCCAAGCGGCAAGGCUACUACAAGUCAGUCUUCCAAAAGCUGCAUCAGCGAGACCUGCCUUUGAUUGGCAAUGCCAUGCAGGCAGACACGCUACGAAUUCGGCCUUGGCCGCUUGCCCCGAGGAACCGGAACGAGGCACAUGCGCCGUUCCUGGAGCUCAUGAGACAACAAGGCAUUUGCAAGUUGGUGCCAACCUUCCAUUUGGCAAAGCAUUAUGCGGAGAUGCUGAAGCAAGGAAAGACGUCGCCGGAGACAAACUCGGACUCCCACCUUGCGACAGACUUCGUUCGUUUCGGAGGUACGGUGGAUGGUAAUGUCCUCGAGGAAAUUGAGAUGGUCGGCUGGAGCCUUGACCUUUCUCUCGAUCUCUUCAAGCUUUUGCCGCUCGUGCGGACUGACUGUACGCUGGAGCCCAAAGAUGAAAGCUAUUCCAUGUAUAAGUCCAUGCUGGAAGUGAUCGUGGCAUGGGUCCGACAGCAAGGCAUCGCCGGGUCUGCUGCUCCAGCGCUUCGAGAGGUCCCAUUGCUGGUUCCGCUGGACCUUUCGCAGAUUGACUGGACCCAGCGACUUGUAGAGGCGAAGCUUAUGACACUCCUCCAAUGCAUGGAACAGUGGAGCUCUCCAGUGUUCGGUCAGUUUCAAGACAUGCCGCGUACCCGUUGGCUUCUUUCCUUCGCGCUGCCAUACGAGAUGGAAUAUGAGGACUGCCAAGGUGAGCAGAAUCUUCGCUGCUUCCCUUUCGAAACACUCCUCAGUCAGUUGGCCACACGCCUCAGCCAAACGAACACAAGUGCCGUCAUCAUGGUCGGAACACAAGCGCUGAAGCCGGACCCCUCGAACAAUCCAAACCCGGUGCAGGACUAUGGCACUGAGACUGAGCCCGCGCACGGGAGCCUAGUAGAGGGGUGA